AUGUCUUUUGGCGGUGUCACGUCUGGCUCCUCCAGGAUCCCAGCCUUAACUCCGGGAGCCUCCAGGGUGCAAUCAUUUGUCACUACUGAGCUCAGCAAGAUCCUCUAUAACGGUUAUUGGUUCAGUCCCAAACGGGAGUUCGUGCAAAGCGCCCUUGAGGCCAGCCAGAAAAACGUGAACGGCCGCGUCCAACUGUCACUCUACAAGGGCAAUGUCAUUGUUGACGGACGCGCAUCUAAUGAAGGUCUGUAUGAUGCCAAGGAAAGUAGCAUGGAUGAAAUGGGCGGCUUUGAGCCCACGGGUACCAGCGCGGCCCUGAAUUACAAUAGACCAACCCCAAUCCAAGCAGAGUCGAUACCAUAUGCGUUGGAUGAUAGGGAUAUCAUCGGACUAGCCCAAACCGGUUCAGGAAAAACGGCAGCCUUCGCCCUACCGGUCUUACAAUCACUAUGGAACGACCCCAAACCGUUCUUCUGUUGCGUCCUAGCACCGACGAGAGAGUUGGCUUACCAGAUCUCUCAGCAAUUUGACGCCCUGGGUUCGACUAUUGGCGUCAAGACCGCCGUCAUCGUCGGUGGGAUCGAUAUGAUGAGUCAAGCUAUCGCUCUAUCCAAACGGCCUCACAUUAUCGUGGCUACCCCUGGUCGAUUGCAUGAUCAUCUCGAAAAUACUAAAGGUUUCAGCUUGAGGAAUUUGAAGUAUUUGAUUAUGGAUGAAGCGGAUCGUCUUCUUGACAUGGAUUUCGGACCGGUGAUCGACAAGAUUCUGAAAGUGAUCCCACGAGAGAGAAGGACCUAUUUAUUCAGUGCAACGAUGACCACCAAAGUAGCAAAACUGCAACGUGCCUCUCUAGUCUCGCCGGUCAAAGUUCAGAUGUCAACAAAAUACGACACAGUCGAUGGACUUGUACAACUCUACAUGUUCUUCCCAUUCAAAAACAAGGACGCAUAUCUGGUAUAUCUCGUCAAUGAGCUCAGCGGGAAAUCGAUGAUUAUCUUCACUCGAACAGUCUAUGAUGCCAAUCGAAUAUCUAUCAUUCUACGCUUGCUGGGAUUUCCCUCGAUCCCCCUCCAUGGCCAACUAUCACAAUCCACACGAUUAAGUUCUCUCAACCAGUUCAAAUCGGGGAAUCGUUCGAUCCUAGUCGCAACAGAUGUCGCCUCACGUGGGUUGGAUAUUCCAACGGUAGACUGUGUGAUUAACUUUGAUCUGCCGACGAAUUCCAAAGAUUACAUCCAUCGAGUCGGUCGUACUGCCCGAGCAGGUAGAUCUGGGAAAGCAAUCACUCUAGUUACGCAAUACGAUGUCGAAUUACUCCAACGUAUCGAGGGGGUGAUCGGCAAGAAGAUGGAGGAAUUUCCUCAUGACAAGGAGCAAGUAUUGCUCCUAUCCGAAAGGGUUGGCGAGGCAUCGAGGGAGGCAACGCGAGAGAUCCGAGAUGCAGAACGGAAUGGCGGGAAGAAAUCGGGUAAAUUUCGUCGGAAACGGGCUGGCGCAGAAGGGGGCGCUGAUGAUGAAGGGGGUGCGCACGAUCAUAGAGACCGUGACGAUGACGUUGUUCAAGCUGGGAUGGCUCCCAAGAAGAGGAAGAAGCAUGAACAUUAA